AUGGCAAAAAUUUUCUACUCUGCAGUUAUCAUCUAUGCUACUCUUCUUAUUCUCGGAGCUUCAGUUUCCGCCGCACCAAUUCCAUUGGAACAACGAUCAGGAUUGAUCUUAGGCGGUAACAACAAUGGCAAUGGAAAUAUCGGCGACGGGCAUGGAAAUGGUACCAAUGAUAACAACACUGGAAACGGCAAUGGUUCGUCUAAUGAUAAUGGAAGCGGUGACGUAAACGGAACAAAUAAUGGAGAAGGAGAUGGUACCAACAAUAACGGCACUGGAAACGAUGACGGUUCGUCUAAUGAUAAUGGAAGCGGCGAAGGAGAUGAUGGUACCAACGACAACGACAACGAUGAUGGCUCAUCUAAUGACGAUGGAAGCGGUUCGCAUAACGGCGAGAACAAUGGCAUCGGCAAUAACGACGGAAUGCCUACUGACUCAAAUAAUCCAUCGACAACGUCACCAGACACGCCAACGAAUAAUCCAGGCGGCAAGAAAGGUGGUAAAAAAGGCGGUAAGAAAGGUGGAAAGAAAGGUGGUAAAAAAGGCGGCAAAAAGCCUGAAGCUGGUUCCGGAGGAGCAGGUAGCAAGGGAUGCAAUGGUAUCCCUAUACCAAAUGGACAAUCAGGAACAGAUGGCAAAAAUGGCAAAAAUGGACCAUCAUCAACAGGUGGUACAGGAAAUAACAACGGAAACAGCAAUGAUUCUAAUGGAAAUGGAAACGGGUUCGGGAACGGUCCAGCAAAACGUGACACUGGGAACGGAAGUGAUUGCAUCGAGAUACCCGGUCUUAAUGCAUAA